CGCCGCCUCCUUUCUAACCACAAUUUCCGUAUCCUUAUCUCCGUAUCUUCUCUCAUUUUUAUUUCAAAAACGUAAUCCAUUUAAACAUCCGUAUUCGAUCUGGUUUGACAUGUGCUGUUGAUUAAUCCAGGUUUUUCCAUCAUUGUUCUUCUAUCAAUUCGAUAGAUGUUCUUGUAUCAUUUCUUCUAUUUUUUGUGAUUUUUUGAAAUUUCUAUUUAGUAUGUCCUUUAAAUUUAUCCAUUCCUUUUGUAUUUGAAAAUAGUAGUAUUUUGACCCGUGCAAUGCACGAGGUCAAAUGAAAUUUUUGUUUCUGAAUUUCUUCAAUGCAAUAUAUUUUUUAGAAUUAAGUAAAUAUAUUUCUAACACGAUUUUUAAUCAAUGUAUAACAACGCCAAAGCAAAAUACAUAAUAUUUGAGGAAUUAAAAGUGUACUCGAUAAAUUCGUUUUAAUUCCAAUUUUUCUAAAAGACAUCAGAGUACCAAUAUUUUUUGAUAUAGUUGUAAGAGUUUCAUUAUCAUCUAGAACUAAUAUUUUUAAUUGUAUCUUUGCCUUCAAACAGUAAAUAAAGCUAACCAUAAGUAAAUACCAAAUUAGUUAAAAAUAACACCAAAGUACAACAAAAGACAAUGUUUAACCUUGACUUUUGUUAAUAGUCAUUGCAAAACAUAAUGUUUCAACAUGAUGCAUUUUCAAACCAUUUUGGUGCACCUAAUUUUGAUGCAAUUCUGACCCUUAGAUCCCGCAUCGGAUUUAUCCUUAUUUCAGACACACAUAUCACGCUAAACCUCUCACCCUCAUCUUUUCAUCCCCACAAAACUUUUCACCCACAAUCAUAUAGAUUUCUUUUUCUUCUCGAUUCUAUUGUAAUUUGUCAAAAGAACUCACACCUUAUCAAAAUGGAUCAUGCUACAUUUACACCAAAAAAUGUAUAUCAUUUGUGCACCACACUUAUGCACAAACAUUUGGACGGGUUACACCGACACAAGUGUUGGUGUGUUAACAAAAAUUUACACGGACACAAAGUGUUGGUGCGUUAACAAAAAUUAGUUUUAUACUAACACAGAAUGUUAGUGCAAACUUGUGUGGUACAAAUUGAGAUAUAAGUAUUGGGUAUAGCAUAAUCCUAUCAAAAUCAAUGGGAGAAAGAAAACAAGAGAAAAACGAGGCAAUAAAAGAAAUGGGAGAAAUCAGAUGAGAGACAAUGGAAGGAGGAGGAGGAGAUGAGAAGGCAGAGGUGGUUCUGGAGCGCACGUUGGGUGCGGAUGAGCCGAAACACUAUGAUGAAGAUGGCGUAUACUGCAGGCGUGUACGAUUUCACCAGGUGGAUCUGAGUGAAGGUAAAAUUAAGAGCAAUUGCUUUCCAUCAAUGUUGAAUCGUAUAGGAGAUGGUGCUGUGGUGCGCUCGGACGGUGGUCCAUCGGUUUACCUUAUAGGCGGUCUGACCCGCAGAGACCAAACAUGCGAACCAAUAGAUGGAGCCCGUUCCUAUGUCGUGUACUACAAAUGCGGCUGCCGGUUGGAUUUGCAGAAAGAAGAGGAAGGUAGGGUGUGGGAGCAGAUUGAUCUUCCUAUCAAAAAUCGCUUUAUUCCCUUUUGCGCAUCACUGUUUGGAAAGCUUUAUGAGUUUGGAUUUCGCUGCCUCCACACUCCGGAGGUUUUUGAUCCCAGUGUCGGAUUUUGGAAGGAGUUGUCCCCGUUGCCUCCUGAGCUUGUGGGUUGCAGAGUUUCAGAUGGAGGAGUUAUCUCCGACCCUCCGAAUUCCCGUUUACUUGUGCACCUCUAUGAAGGCACCCUGUAUGCUUUAUACCCUGGUUCUGGUGAGUGGCAGCGUAUCGGGAGUAUGCUUCACUGGAGGUACCGUAAUGUGGUUCUAGUGGACAAUGUCUUGUACAUUCAUGACUUCAAGUCCCGGGUUUUCCUCUAUGCCUAUGAUGUUGCGAGGCGCCAACAGCUCAAGGUUACUUGGUCCUCAAAGAAGUAUGAAUACAACAAUGGUUAUCGUGUUAAAGUGACUAAGUAUGAGUUUGAUGCUAUGUUUUAUGUCGGCGGUGGCCAUUUUCGUAUGGCUACUUGGUCUCCUUGUGAUGGAGAUGAAGGAACCACCAGUAGUGCUUCUACUAUGUUCUUCAAGUUCAAAGUAGAUCGCCCCAACAGUGGUCUACACAUCGUUUGCUCUCCCGUUGAUAUCCAAUGCCAUGAUAUUCAGAACACCAUCAAAGUUACAGGGCUCCUACUGCUCUAGGAGGCAAGCAAUUGAUUGUGGGGUGCUUCCCAUAAAGGUUAUUGAAUGGUUGCCAUGUCAUCUUUGGUUGACAAAUAAAAUAUGCUUUGGUGGUGUAUCUUUUGGUGUAUUCCAUAUAGUGUUUGCUUAUUUAUAGGUUGGGUCCUCGUGGUUGUACCUUUCAUUCUUUCAAGUUACUCAAGUCUUUUUUGUCAUUUCUUUAGGACAGUAGCAAAAUUUGUUUUUUGCUAUGUUUCAAAAAGAAAUUUUGAAAAAAAAAGCAAAAAAAAAGAAACAUUUAAAAAAAGAGAGAAAGUUAGUCUUUUUGUUGCCUUUUGGUUUAUUGUUUAGGCUAGUUUUUAUUAGUGUUAACUUUGUCAGUCUUUUAAGUCUAUUUUAAAGUCUAGGUUAGUCCUUAGGCUAUUGUGUCUAUUUAAAUUACAAGUUUUUUUCCCUUCUUGUUUCUUUAGUUUUUGAGUCAGUUUGUGACCAAACUCAUUAGUCUUCUUUUAUUAUGAAUUUUUGUUGAGUAUAUGUUGGUGUCUUUUUAUUAAAAUUGAGUCUUUGAGUUCAUUUAACUCUAACUUUUUGAUUCAACUAAACUAAAUUCCUGGCAGCUAACUUAACUCUGGCAAAAAAAAUUAUUUUUUAAAACUUAUUGUAGCUGUAGCUACUUUAACUUAGAGUUUAACCUUUUCUUUAGAUAGUAACUUUGGGCAUUCAAAAAAUCAGAUUCAAUUUCUAGAAUUGUACUUGGUAGCAUAGGGUCAUGCACCUCUCUUUUGGCACAGAAUUCUAGAACUUAAUGAACCCAGAGUUUAGCCGAGGAAAUUGUUGCAAUUUAAGGAAGCAAUGGACAGAGAACCAGGACAUGGAAAGUGACACCAAACAUCUGGGAAAGUGCUGCAAAGUGUAUGUUGAUCUGGUGACCUCUGUGCCCAAGUUUUCAAAUGAAUGAUGAAACAGGGGAUAGCUGUUACACUUGCGGGUGCAUAUGCUCUACAAUCAUGUCGUAAAUUACACGCCCAGGUAUACCAAGUCGAGCAGGAUACAAAUUGCUGGCAAGAUCUUCUUUAAGUGCCCCUUGACUUCUUGUGUCCAGAGAAAACUAAAGAACAGACUAAGCUAUGCAUUCCAGGAUAAACAACAAAGUUUAACUCGGGAAACUACUGCACUUUAAGGUGCAAUGAGCUGAAAACCAGACAUUGAGACGAGAAUGAGAAACUGAUUGGAUAUCUUUAGUUGCUGCCACAUCAUCUCACCAAAUUCAGUUGAUUGCUUUUGCACUUGUAGAUGCCCUAAACGUCACAGGAGUUGUAUUCAAUGGUGGGAAGAAGGCAAAGAAGAAGAAGCUGAAUCCACCCGACGACGGACCCGACAUAUAUAUUAAUUUAAAUUUAGAAGAUGUAUAUUUAAAAAUGUGAAAAAUGAAGGUUUGAAGCCCCAAUUUGAAGCCACGGGGCUUCAAACCCAUUUCCAGUGAAAUUUGGUGUAAGUUAAAGCUGAUGUGGAAGAGAGAGAAAGUCUGAAGCUCCAGUUUGAAGCCCCGAAGCUUCAUAACCAUUU